GUCAUUGUGGUCUCCUACGAAGAGGAACUCGAACCACUGCACGGCCCCAAUCUGGCCCCGGGGCUUGCGGGGAUACUAUCAGAGCCAUCCCUUGUCCGUCCGCAACUCGACGAGACCCAAAUGACUGCAGGUGGAAUUCCCCGACGACACCUACUUAGUAUGGUGAUGGUAGGCGGGGGCGAACAGACAUACGAGCUUCUGCGGCAAGCGAUAGGCGUGGGCAUCAAGCGACGGUACUCGAUGCGCUCGCAGGGCGUCCCGAUCAGUAAUUUAAUCAUGGUUUAGAGUUGAAUAUAGUAAAUAGCAAUGAGACAUAUAUAUAUAUAUACCUUGUAACUAGUAUGAAGGAAUUUAAAACGAAGUACGUACAUACUAGUUACUCCAUACUACCCUACUCAUGUAUGUACGUACCCCCUCCCUCCUCUCUCUCCCUCCUCCCUCCAAUUCAAUUCAAUUCAAUCCACAACCCAACCCGAGUAUCCAAACACAAACACAACCUCUACCUCUACCUCAACCAACCUCAAAUCAAAUCAAAUCAAAUCAAAUCAAAAAAGAAAGAAAGAAAGAAAGAAAGAAAAAAAAAAUGAAACACCUCUACUUCGCCUACGGCUCCAACCUCUCCCCCACCCAAAUGGCGAUGCGAUGCACCGUCAACCCCUCCCGAUCCGCACACCCCGUCGCAAUCGCCUGCUUAACCAGGUGGCGCUGGCUAAUCUGCGAAGUCGGGUACGCGAACGUGAUCCCGCCGGCUGAGCUCUGCGUGGGGAAGCAGCGAACAGCCGCCGGCGCCGGGAAAGACGACGAUGGCGUGUUCGGGGUGCUGUAUGAGAUGGACGCGGCGGACGAGGAGAUUCUAGACGGGUACGAGGGGGUUGAUACGUGCUCUGCGGGAUCUGGAUCGGGGUCUGGGGCGCCGAGAGAGGUGCUGCGGCCUAGAGAGCAGGGGGAUGGGUGUUAUAAUAAGUGGUUUGUGCGGGCGAAGGUGGUGACGUGGUUGGAUGGGGGGUAUAGAGUGCGGAACGGGCUGCCGGGGGAGGGAGGUGAAGUGAAGGUGUUGGUGUAUGUGGAUGAGGAGAGGGUGGAGAUGGGGUCGCCGAAGGAUGAGUAUGUUCCUAGAAUGAACCGGGCGAUUCGGGAGGCCGUGGAGUUGGGGUUUCCGGGGGAUUGGGCGGAGGAGGUAAUGAGGCCGUUUAUUCCGUUAAAUUAGACCUGCCUAGAGACACGAUGAAUAAAUGAUAAAGAUGGUUGCGAUGUUAUUUUGCGGCCGUUUCUCUCUCUCUCUCUCUCUCUCUCUCUCUCUGUGUGUGUGUGUGUGUGUACU